AUGUCGCGCUCAUCAGCAGGAUUUGCAGACUUCUUCCCAACCGCACCGUCUGUCCUCCAGCAAAAGCGCAAGAGCAUCCGGGAGCGGCCUCGCUCCGAGGCCCAUCCUGACCAAGAUCAUAGCGAUGAAGGGCAUACGCUUCUUGAAGAGCCCAAGGCAAUCCUUGAGUUGACACAAAGUCUUUACGCAGAGGAACACAAGUUGCCUAUUGUCAAUGGCGAUGGACCUGCAAGUUCUGCCAGCAGGCUCAGUCCAUCUCACAUAAGGAUAGCCAACGGAAUCGAAGAUAGUUCGGGCACUAUGAAGACCGACGAUAUGAAGCCCGCCAUGACGCCCCUACAAACCCCACCAACGCCCCGAUCGCAGAGUCGCACUUCUGGAAAUGUGAGGGGCUGGAAGUUAGUCUAUGACCCUGAUUCGGAGAAGCGGAUAUCCUCGAAGGAGAAGCGAAGAAAAGCGCGAUAUGUGGAUAUAGUGUCUAAUGGGCAAGACGAUCGACCAGCAGACCCUCGUCUAAAGAUUUCCAAUUAUUCACGAGGUGGUGGCUGCAAGCAAAAGACCAAAUUCCGGCCAGCUCCUUACUCAUUAAGACACUGGCCAUACGACGCUUCGACAACCAUUGGUCCUGGACCCCCGGUACAGAUAGUGGUCACCGGAUUCGAUCCUUUGACUCCAAUUGCCCCAAUAAAUGCGUUGUUCUCGAGCUUCGGAGAGAUUUCUGAAAUCAACAACCGCACGGAUCCAAUAACCGGUAGAUUUCUGGGAAUAUGUUCAGUCAAAUACAAAGAUAGCGCAUCUUUUAGGGGAGGUGGGCCCGUUCUCGCGGCGAAUGCAGCCAGGCGAGCCUAUUAUGAAUGCAAAAAGGAGCAACGGAUUGGAACGCGCAGAAUCAGGGUUGAGCUAGACCGUGAUGGCAUCGUCUCGGCAAAAAUAGUGACAAGGGCAAUUGAUUCUCAGAGGAUGGGGGACAGGAACAAUCUUCUGACUGCAGAGGAAGCUAAAACGGGCAUAUCGGCCAAAAAUAAUGAGCCUCCACCGACGGCCCCCAAGGGCCCUUCUGGAAGGUCUCAAAUGCGCCCUACGGUCCCAGUCCCCGAAGGGCCGAGAGCAAGCUUUUUGAGGCCUGUUGUACCAUCACUUGUGGAAGAAACGCCCAUAUUGAGUCAGAUCAAGCGUGACCCAUAUAUUUUCAUCGCACACUGUUACGUACCGGUGCUCAGCACCACCGUUCCGCACCUGAAGAAGAGGCUCAAAUUAUUCGAUUGGAAAGACAUACGGUGCGAUAAGACAGGGUACUACAUUGUUUUUGAGAAUUCAAGGCGCGGCGAAGAAGAAACUGAAAGAUGCUACAAGAUGUGCCAUAUGAAACCCCUGUUCACAUACAUCAUGAACAUGGAGAGUCAGCCCUAUGGGAACCCUAAUUACGAACGAAGUCCAAGUCCCCAAAGACUGCAGGCGGAAAAGCGAGAGCGAGCCGAAAAGGACAGGCUGAAAAGGGAAACAGAGUUAGACGUGGAAGAAGAGAAGAGACAACGUGCCCUGGAUCUGGACCCUUGCAGAGAGGUGGUGGCAAUAAUAAUCCGGGACCUACGAGACAAAUUACUUGAAGAUGUGAAGUCUCGAAUUGCCGCACCGGCCUUGGAAAGGCUGGGUAUUCCUGAGCCGGAAGGGGCUAAAAGGCCUAUGUUCCGCAUCGACCUCGACAGUUCAGCUGGCACACCUGACUCACGCUCCGACUUGUCAACCAGUAGGAAUCCUCUGGGUUCGUCUGGUCUAAAUAUACUUGCUCUUCCCCGGAUCAGAAAGGCGCAUCGAUUGGAUCGCACGAACGCUGCGUUCUUGGAUGAGAGAAGAAAACAGCCCUUACGAAAAAAGGAAGUAAGACCACUUUACCAUCGUCUCCAGCAACUACACGAUGUGGACGAUUCAGACGAUGAGCAAAGGACGCCCUUUACCAGGGACACUGAAGAUUUAGACAGUCGUGCCCCAAGCCGAAUGAGUUCUGAGACAUCGGACUCAGAGGAAGAGUUGGACCGAUUCGGUUCUGAAACAUUAGAUGUUCCUGCUGCCGAAAGGCAGACCGAUAGCGAUAGGUCUCACGAUGUAGACAUCACGAGAGAUGAGAUAUCUCGCGUUUCGCCGAACGAGGCUCCCGAGCAGGUCACUGACCGACUCCCAUCUACAUCACGCAAAAGGAAGGUGGAUGAUGAGCGAGCAAAGGCACGGAAGAGACAGAAAGAAAACGAUGAAUUUGGUAGUCUUGAGCAUGGCAAGCAGACUGAAGAGCCUAGAACGGAGAUUGAAUGGCGAGUAUCGAAUGACGAGCCUCGCUCAACAGUUGAUGACGACGAAUCAAUUGUGCUGGAUCUCGACGGUUGGCAAAAUUUAAUCAAGGAUGAAGAGGACCUUUACUUUCUUCGUGAUGUUUUACGAGAAUUUUCGAGAUCCAAUGUUGGGAACCUUUCAGCUUGGGCUUGGAGACAAAAGGAGAUCAAGGCACUUAAUCGCCCUGAAGAGUCUGGUCCGGUACGCGAGGAGACCAUCAUUCCCGGUUACUACGUUUCAAACACGACUGGGGCAGCGAGAACUGAGGGAAGAAAACGAAUCUUGGAGUCGGAGAAAUCGAAAUAUCUGCCGCAUCGGAUCAAAGUUCAAAAGGCCCCAAAAACGAUCUCUAAGUCCACUUCCCGUUCAACGAGGGUUAAUAAUCGCCGCCUCAUUGCUGAUAUCAACGCUCAAAAGCAGGCUCUUCCUACUCAGAGCGGCGAAGGAGAUGUUCUCCGGUUCAAUCAGUUGAAGAAACGGAAGAAGCCGGUUCGUUUCGCUCGAUCAGCCAUCCAUAAUUGGGGCCUUUAUGCAGAGGAGAACAUAUCUGCCAACGACAUGAUCAUUGAAUAUGUGGGUGAGAAGGUCCGGCAGCAGGUCGCAGAUAUGAGAGAACGGCGCUACCUGAAAAGCGGAAUCGGUAGUAGUUACCUUUUUCGUAUCGACGAAAACACGGUUAUAGAUGCGACAAAGAGGGGUGGUAUUGCUAGGUUUAUCAAUCACAGCUGUACGCCCAAUUGCACUGCCAAGAUAAUCAAGGUCGAUGGCAGCAAGCGGAUCGUCAUCUAUGCAUUACGAGACAUCGAAAGGGACGAAGAGCUGACCUAUGACUACAAAUUUGAGAGGGAGUGGGAUAGCGAUGACAGGAUUCCGUGCCUCUGUGGUUCGACCGGGUGUAAAGGUUUUCUCAACUAA